AUGGCAUCGAUAUUUGCCCCAGUCGCAUACUUGGUGAUAGUUGUAGGCGCAUUAUUGAUAUUUAGCAGGAUAUAUCGACGGAGAAUAGCAGCCCAAGAGGUCGAACAAUGGUUCCCGGAGCACCCCGAGCGAGAUACCUACGUAUCCCUACUACAAUGCAGCGAUCCCCCAGCCGCAGACCAACUCUUGAAAGCAGCACUUCUUCGACGUGCUGUAGCAGAUGUAGUUCGUGUCAAUCGAAUGCGAGAAGACAAGGCAGCACUCCAGCAAUUACUUCAGAAGGACGCCAUUCCUGAAUCAUUAUGGACUGCAUUCCAAGCAGCUGAGAAACAACUUGAGGCAGAGAUUGUAGAUGUUGUAACCGAGGCGAACUCCUUCCACCCUGCUUGGGGAACGAUCAUCUUCGCUUCUGCCAACGAGAUCCUGAUGAACGAGAAGCUCAAGGCACCUCUGCUUACGAUGCAGGCCACGCGAGCUGAGGCUGAGCAAAAAUACGGAUCCAAGGUUCCCCAGUCAUCAAAUACACUCACUGUUAAAUCGCCCAUUUCCCCAUCCAUUACUCCAUCUCCUUCGGUGAACGGGGAUCUCGAACUACCAAAGACCGGCUCCAUUUCCAAAGCCUCAGGCCUUAGCAGCACUCCAUCUACCCCGUCUAAAAAGGGUAAAAAGCGCAAGUGA